AUGUCCCACAUGGAAGAAGAGGAAGACCCCUCCCACCCCCAACAAAGGCUUGCAAAUCUGGAGGAAGCCAUGCAACGGAUGGAGGGACUCCUCCACAACCUCAUAAUCGCACAGCAACAACCCUCUGCCCCUGCCCCUGCUCCCUCUCCGGCAGCGGGUCCAGGUGUAUCCGCCGGCCAACAAGCCAACCCCGACCCCUUAUUUGUCCCAACCCCCCAUUUGCUCAAGCAGUACUGGCGCCUCCUCCCAGAAGCCUUCCAUGUGAACAGAGUAGUGUCGGAGGAAUGGGUGUUACGUUUCACCCUUUCCUACAUGUCCAAGGACUCAGCCGCCUCCUGGUCGGAGCGCAUGUCAGAACACCCCCUCUUUCCAUUCCCCACCUGGAGUUCCUUUGUCAUGGAAUUCAAGCUCCGGUUUGUCAAGGAAAACGAGCAGGACCACGCCCUGGCAAAGUUGGAGACCCACUCCUACUAUAUCGGUUCCCGCAACGUCUUCAAGUACAUGGACAAGUUUGAUGACCUCAUGGACCUUGCCGGAUAUACAGACAACUUGGUGAAGGUGACCAAGUACAGGACUGGCUUGGAUCCCAAAAUCAAUCAAGCCAUCACCACCUCCGGCAACCCCCCAAGUCUCACCAACUAUGCCGAGUGGCGUGUUCGUGCGUUCCGCCAGUACAACACAGAGCUCACGGCCAAGGCCUGUCGAGGGCAGUCUGCACCUGCACCCCAAGCACCCCUUGUGGUCACCCCUCGUCCUUGUGCCCCGGUGUUCCCUGCUGUAGCACCGGCCCCCGCUGCCCGCCCGGCCCCAGCUCCCCUUCCUCCCCCUGUCUCAAUGGAGGUAGAUUGGACCCGGCUCCGCAGAGAUGUCCGCCGCGUCUGCUUCUGCUGCGGCAGUCCGGGCCAUCUUGCCCGUGACUGCCCUACCCCAGCUGAUAUCCGUCACACCGAUGAAAUGCUGAGGGCGUGCUCACAAGUGAAUCUACUAUGA